CGCCGGGCCGCAGCUGGCCCUUCGCGCUCCCAGGAGAGGCGGGCGGGGAGCUGCCGCCGCCUUGCCCAGCCCCGCAGGGCUGCGGGGGGUGGUGCCGGGGGUCGCCGGCACCGAGUGAGCGGCGGAAGCCGGUGUCCCCCGCCUGCGGACCCGCCGCUGGGAGCAGGCGGAUCGCCCCGGGGUACCGGUGGUCGCCUGACGGCUGCCUCCGCUUUCCGUUACCUGGGGCGGUCUCCGCUGGUGGCUGCAGAGCAGAGGAGAAGCUGUUCAGUAGGACAGAUUUAGCAUGCCACACGUAGCGCCACACUUCCAGAAAUGGGCUUUUCACAGACCUCUCUGAAAAUCACCGGUUGCUCUUGAAUGCUGUUGGUAGAACUAGCCUGCCGCUGCUGUGUCAGAGGAGUGCUUCCCAACCUUUUUCCAGCCUGUGGUGUGGAGCCAGCAGGCUUACUUGUCUCACCUGCCUGCUGUUAAUUUUCGGGAGCAACUCAUGGGCAUCCAGGAGGCCUUGGACUGUCGUCUGAAGAAUCUGCUGCGUGUGGUUUCUGGAAAAAUGUCUGGAACCGAUGAUUUUUCGUUGGCAGAUGCUUUACCAGAUCAGUCUCCUGCUAAAACCUCCAAAGUGAGCAGUACAAAACCUGGUCAGCAACCUGGUCAGCCGCCGCAGGGUUGGCCAGCUUCAAAUCCCUGGAACAACCCAAGCGCUCCCCCUAUGGCGCCAACUGGACUGCCACCAAAUACAUCCGCUUCCAGUAUGCCAUUUGGACCUCCACCAACAGGAAUGUAUCCUUCAAUGCCCCCUGGACCGCCUGCUCCAUUUCCUCCUCCUCCUGGUGGUCCAUAUCCACCCCCAACUGUGCCAGGUCCUGUCCCACCAGGGCAAUAUCCUCCACCAAAUAUGCCCUUUCCAGAGCUUCCAAGACCUUACGGUGGUCCAACAGAGCCAGCUGCACCUCCUGCUCCUGUUGGGCCAUGGGGAUCCAUGCCCUCUGGAGCAUGGGGACCAACAAUAGGAGGGCAGUAUCCUGCACCUAGCAUGCCAUAUCCACCCCCAGGGCCAUAUUCCGCUCCUACCCAGACUCCAGGGGCAGCACCAACAGUACCAUGGGGUACGGUCCCUCCUGGAACAUGGGGACCUUCACCGCCAGGUCCAUUUCCUCCACCCACAGGAUCAUAUCCAGCUCCAGGACUAUAUCCUACGCCCCCUAAUCCUUUUCAAGUGCCAUCUGGUCCUGCUGGUGCUCCAUCAAUGCCUGGUGGUCCCCAUCCUUACCGUUGAAUACAUUCUGGGCAACAAAAUACUGUAGUUUUCCACCUUCAUCCACUACUUACAGAGAUUUUUACAGUUUUUGUUUCAGUAAUGUUGGGGGCUAUGAAGAAUACUUGCCUCUUGUAUGUGCAUUUGGGGUAUGAAGGAGCAGUUUGCAUAAAUCUUCCUUGCUCAUAUGCUGGUAUAAUUGUUUGGUUUAAUAAAGUGAAUUACAAAGAGCAGAAAUAAAACUAACAUCUGUGGAUCUUACAUUAGCAAGUAUUCCUUGGAAAAAUGGGAGCUGCCAAGUAAGAAUUACAAGGAAUCAGGCCCAAGGACCUAACAAAAAGCUAAUUAUUAAAUUUCCAUGAAUGCUUUAAGUCUUGUUGCCAGACUUGUGCUGGUCACUGAAUGGAUGGAUAGUCGUAUUUUGUCUAUUUUCAGGUUAUUCUAAAACGUCACUAAAAAGUGUUUCAAGAUUCUAGUCAAGAAAUCUAAUUUUUCAACAUGCUACAGUAAUUCAAACUAAAGAGACAGAGCAUGUGAACUUGAAGGUUUUCUCAGCAUUUUGUAUAUACUCGAACCUUAUUGCUCAGUCUGGGACUACGGAAGAGAAGAUACACAUUUGAAAUACUUGGUCUGACUUGUCAGCGCACUGUUCGUGUUCACAAACAGGCAUUUAUGUGCAAAUUAAAUAACCUGGAUGUGCAGUUAACUUUGAAUCAACAAAUGUGAGUUUUAUGCAUGCAAAUGAGGACAUCAUUUUGCCAGUUCUCAUUCUGUGGUGGUUGGAAGUUUGGGUUGGUCUAUGUAAAGAGAAACUGAUUCCCACUUAGGUAAGGUACUUCCCUAUUUCUAACCUGGGUUCUAGUCAUUUAAAAUUUGACUUUGCUGCUGCGUGGUGUAAACUCGGCAGACUUUUUCAGAGUCCCUGGAAACUGAACUUGAGCAUAAAAGAUCAAAAAACCCCAAUCUGACAAUUCCCUUCCCAGCCAUUUUUGGCAUGGCGUUCAGUUCUGUCAGCUACAAAGAUCCUUAUUGCCACAGUUGAGAAGGAGGAGGCCUCAUGGGAGCUUCCCUGAGUGUUGUAACAGGGAGAAGUCCUCUGUUCUCAGCUAGGUGUCUGCAUACCUCACUGAGUAAGUGUAACUUGGGAGUAAUUGAAUGUCUAGAAGCCUGUGCACUGCUGCGUAGCUGUCUCCCCCUCCGAAGGGGCACUGCAGUCGGUUUUCAUAUUCUUGCCAUAUCUGUGCAAAGCGCAUGCAAGGGGUUUGCUGCAAUGCUAGCUUAGUGUUACCAAGACACAGAGCCACGUGUCAGUGGGGAGUUCUGGCACUCUUUGUGGUACUUCAUAGCCUAGACUCUGACCAUGGACGGUUUGUUUUAUUCCCAGCUGGGGAUGUCCUAACUUAGCCUCUGUAGGUAGAAUUAGGAACAAAUUUUGCUUAACAUAGUAUCUCGUUAGGGAGUUUUUGUAUCAUGGAACUGUGAAAGUGAGUUGAUUCUCUUCCAGUACCUUAUCGUGGCUUCCUGCAUGUGUGUGAUGGACUUCUUAAAAGCAAAUGGGGUGACCUGGUGGUGAUGCUUUUUUGUAGUUUAGCCUUUAUAGAAUCAUAGAAUGGUUUGGGUUGGAAAGGACCUUAAGAUCGUCUAGUUCCAACCCCCCUGCCAUGGGCAGGGAUGCCUCACACUAGACCAGGUUGCUCAAAGUCCUGUCCAACCUGGCCUUGAACACUGCGAGAGAUGAGGCAGCCACAGCUUCCCUGGGCAGCCUGUUCCAGUGCCUCACCACUUGCAGAGUUAUAUCUAGCCUAAAUUGCCCCUGUUUAAGUUUAAACCCACUACCCCUUGUCCUAUUGUUACAGUCCCUGAUGAAGAGUCCCUCCCCAGCAUCCUUGUAGGCCCACUUCAGAUACUGGAAGGCUGCUAUGAGGUCUCCACGCAGCCUUCUCUUCUCCAGGCUGAACAGCCCAAAUUUUCUUCACUUGUCUUCAUAUGGGAGGUGCUCCAGCCCCCUCAUCAUCCUCACGGCCUCCUCUGGGCUUGCUCCAGCAGUUCUGUGUCCUUAUUCUGGGGACACCAGAACUGCACAGAGUACUUCAAGUGGGGUCUCAAAAGAGCAGAGUAGAGGGGCAGGAUCACCUCCUUCAAGCUGCUCGUCAUGCUCCUUUUGAUGAAGCCCAGUAUGCAGUUGGCUUUCUGGGCUGCAAGUACACUCUGCUGGGUCAUGUUUAGUUUCUCAUUGAUCAACACCUCCAAGUCUUCCUUAGGGCUGUUCUGAAUCCCUUCUCUGCCCAACCUGUAGCUGUGCCUGGGAUUGCCCCUACCCAGGUGUGGGACCUUGCACUUCGCUUUGUUGAACUUCAUGAGGUUAGUAUUGGCCCACUUCUCAAGCAUGUCAAGGUCCUUCUGGAUGGCAUCCCUUUAUGGCAAAGUUCUGCAAUAUUUUUGCAGAAGCAAGCAGUUAGCUUAGCUGGUGCUGGUUUAAUCUAAUGUCGUGAAAGCUAAUAGAAAAGGUAUGUGUAUUUUUUGUUUUAGAGGGACAGUAUUGGAGCUGAACAAAAUACUUAAUGUUUCAGCUUAAAACUUUUAGCAUCUGUAACUCUAGAAGUAGGAGCCGAAAGUGCAAGUCUUCACUAACCUUAAACAAGCCCCAGUUGCCCCCAACCAGACUUGGCUUAGAUCUUGGCAAGACUAAUUUAAAAUUAACAUAAGAGAACAUCGACUAUAUUUGCUCAAGUGCUUUUUUUGAUACCUGCAGCCUUAGAUAAUAAAUCAAUGUAAUAACAAAACAUUUAUUCUGAAUGAAUGGGUCGUGCAGUAGCAGCACUCCAGUUCAGAAUUGCCCUGGCUGGAUGUCUUUGCAGGGAAUGGGAAGAGGUAGGAAAAGGAUAAAGCGAACGUAGCAAGUAAUGAUUUUUUGGAAGGGGGAUUUCUAAAAGUAACUAGACUUCUAGGUUCUUCCUGAAAUAGGCAGGAUUUAGUACUGGAACACUUAGGCUAAAAUUCAGUAUAUAUGGGAUGUUUUUCAAUGUAUAUUCGUAUUUCUUGAGGUCAUGAAAACUGUUUCAUAACCCCUUUGUUUUUGUGAGCAAAGUUCUUUGCAUAGCAGUGAAAAGGGUAUACCUGUUAAUCUAUUGUGUAAAAACUCAAGUUGUCACUAUAUACCGUGUAGUAACUUUAUCACAUGUUAUGUCAAGUGUGAGCAACUUCUGGCCUGAAGCUUUUGCAAUGGAAUUUGUACAUUUCUAUGCCUCAUUUGAGUUAAAUUGCUGAGAAGUUCGUUUUGACUUGUGCUUUGAGAUUGACAUACUGCAUUUGUUUACAAUAUGAAAUAUAAGCAAUCACAUCUUUAAAGUAUAGAUUAUCACCUGCUGCUGUAUUUUCUUUAGAUGAAACAAAUAUUGCUGUAUGAUAGUGAGAAGCUAUAAAUACAGGAUUUGAUAUUUUUUUGAAAAUGCUGUCACUUUUGUAUAAGAUUAGACAUUAAACGUAUUUUCAAGACUGUUGUGUUUACUGUUUUUCACUUACUGCUUUUGACAUGCCUGUGUAGACUUUUGCCUUGAAUAGUGAAAAUAGGACAUCCUUGAUUUGCAAAGACUGAAUAUAAAAUCAGAAUGACUUGA